UCUUUUCUAUGUCCAGUCUUCUCUCUUAUUAAUUUCUUUUCUAUUUCUUUGUCUGCUUCGUGUUUUUAACCAUCCCCUCCCUAUCAAUUCCUGUUUACCUUCCUCAUUCUAUGUUUAUAUUUCUCUCUCUUUUACUCCUGCACUUGUAAAACUUUGCUUCUUCGACAUUCAACUUCCUUUACCCCUUAAUAUCUUCCCAAACCAGAGCCUCCUAUUUCACAUCUCUUUCUCUUCCUUGGUUACCAUUAACCAACACCUACCCCGACUUUCAACCAAAGAAAUGACACACAACCACAUGUAGACGAAGAGAGCAGAGGUGAACUUAGUGAUAGCAGCAGCAGCAGCGGGGCGAAUACAGAGCCAACGAGAGAGUGAAAGAGAGGAAAGUACCCUCAAUGUACAUGUUGGUCUCAUUCAUAGCUUAUACUGCUGUCAGCUUUUAACUCUGCCUAAUGUCUUUAUACUAUUUAACCGACCCAGACUUUCACCCAACUUGCUCCUGGAUAUACUUUAUUAUUAUAUUUAAUUCGAUUUUAUUGAGCUGCUGUGUUUAUUUGACGUUGUGUUCUUCUGCGAGUAUUCGGAAUGGUUAUCCACUUCGAUUGCACGUCUGAAAAAUGGAAACGGUAACCAUGCCACCACCCAGUCGUCAGAGAGCUAGGGCUGUUGCUUGAACAUCAGUGACCCUGGUGUCAUGGAUACGCUGUUUUUAUGUCCAUUAUCAAGUACUAGUCCAGAAUAUUCCAAAGAUGUCUUGUCAGAAGCUUCAAAGAUCACCUGAAGAAUGUGUUCCUUGGUUGUUAACGACUCGAAGUAUGUUGAUACUACUUACAGGCAUAAUGCUGUUAAAUACGCUUGGGUUGAGUCUGGAGAAUUCUUGUCAAGUUCUUGGCAAGGAGAACCAGUAUCAGGCCAACUGUUGCAAAUUAAAUUUCACUCAUGUUCCCUAUAAUUUGUUAAAAAGCAUACGUAGUCUAUAUUUGGAUCACAAUCGUAUCGCUCUCACCGAAGAAAGCUACUAUUUCACUGUCUAUGAAGACCUGAAAGUCCUCUCACUUGUAAAUAAUUCCAUUAAAUUCAUUCACGCCAAAUCUUUCUUUCGCCUAAAACUGGAAGUUCUAGAACUUUCUGGAAAUUUACUCAGAAAUGUUCCAGUUAACGCUUUACGUGGGCAAAGCUUUCUUCGGAAUUUGUCUCUAGAAAACAACCGAAUCGAUUACAUAACAGAGACGGAUUUUCAGACUCUUGAAAGCCUAAUUGAGCUGAAACUGUCAGGAAAUUACAUCAAAUCCAUAGAUGGAACGUCUUUCACAGAUUUAAAGAAUUUGUACAAUUUAGAACUUCAUCAGAAUUCCCUACAAACUUUACCCUAUAACUUAUUUCAGAGCUGUAAUGAAAGUUUACAAAUAAUUACCUUGUCCCAAAACUCCUGGUACUGUGACUGUCAUCUCCGAUGGUUAUCAGAAUAUUUCCUAAUUAAAAAUUGGACUUCAGCAUCAACUGGAAUGCACUGUAAAAUACCACUGUCCCUCCAAAGUAAGAAGUUCCUGUCUAUUCCUUGGGAAUUGUUUGCUUGUCCUCUUGUGAUGGAUUCCAGUAGUACCAAAAUGUUUAUAAAAAAUAACGACAACAUUUCACUGAUCUGCAGAGUACAAUCAAAUCCACCCGCCAGAAUAUCAUGGUGGUUUAACAACAAACUAAUCGAUGAUUUUGAAUAUUAUACCAUAACCCACUCUGUUGGUAUCAAUGGCAUGAGUGUUCUUCAAGUCAAUAACUUUGAUUUUGGUGAUAUGGGUUCCUAUAAAUGUACCGCCCAAAACUCUGUCUCCAAUAGUUCGGUUACUUACACACUGGUCAUUGAAGGUUUCAGUCUGUACAAAGAGAAAGCAUUGAAGUCUUCUGAAACUGUCGAACAACCCAGUUCGGUACAUUCGGCCGUUAUUAGUGUGUGUGUCGUAGGUGGUUUGAUAUCGCUGUGUAUUAUAACAGUUCUAGUGUUCUACUACUGGAAGCGCUUCACCAGACUCCAAGAACAGAAGCAGGAAGAAAUAAAAUUAAAGAUCAAAAACCAUUUUGAAUCUAGUAGAAACUACAAGCCUGAUUCUGAGAAUAACAAGAGCCCCAUGAGUGAACAAGGGAAAAACGAAGAAACUGAACCCUUGUAUGAUGCAGUGAAACCUGUCCUGCAACCUCAACAAGAAACACAACUUUCUGAUAUUAUUGCAAAUAAUAAACAAGUCUACACUGACUUGCAGGAGGUUGAGGCCUAUUCUCCGAGCACGCUCAUGACAACAUUAGAUUCCGAUAACACUGGAGUAUUUUGGACAGGUUCAUCUCGGAAUGACUGUUCUUCCAACCCAUCAGACCUAGCUUGUCCCCUUCUGGAAACUUCAGGUUAUAUUUCUUAUCCAAAUGAAUGGGAAAUUAAUGGCGAGGUGUUUCUCACCCCAUACCCUUCUCCGCAUCCGAGAUAUGUGGAAAACUAUCCUCGUUCUGUUCCUUCUUUGCCUCCUUACUAUACACAUUCAUUCCAUAACCAUCAUCCUCCAUAUCACAGCAACACUUCCUCAAUGCCAAUGGGAUCUUGUGACUGGCCAUUUUCCACAAUGCCUUACCCAGGAAAAUACGAAGACUACAACAGAAGCGCAUCGGUUGGCAGCGUAGGCUCUGAGCCAAUCCCUCCCAAGAAACCGCCACGAUUGCACAGCUAUUCUAGCACUACGAGUGACAGAAGAAAGUUUUCUCUGCCAAAACCUGGCUCUGUUGAUGAGUUUGGGACAGCAGUCUGAGACCUUGUAAUGGAUAUAUUUCUCGUGUUAUAAUUUCUACUAAUUGGAGCAUUUAACAGAAGAGACAAGUGGAUUCUGUCAUUUCCCCCCCCCUCUUCUUGGUCAAACUUGAUCAACAGUUAUGGGUCACUUUAAGGUGAUUUGCGUUCCAGGAGUUAUGUUAAUUUGUUGAAAAUUUUGUCAAUGGAUUCUGACCUAAAUUUUCAGUCCAGUCUGAUAAUAAGACAUGACAUGUGCCUUCUUCUUCUUAUUAUUAUUAUUUUUCUUCCUCCUAAUUUCUUUUCCACAUUCUUGACUGUUUUUUUUUUGUCUUCAGAAAUGAACAGUUUAGCAAUGGAACGUUCCAGUUUUUGAAAGAUUUAUAUUGUGCUUUCCAUGCUGUAUACACAGACAUGUAUAUAAAACAUACACACAUAUACACAUAUAUGUAUAAAACAUAUGGUUAUACACAUAUAUCUUAAACAUUCAGACAAACAUACAUGUAAACACGUAAAACAUGUAUAUACAUUCACAUACAUUUCCAUAUAUAUAUAUAUAAACACACAGAUACAUAUACACCCCACCUCACAUAUAUAUGUGUGUAUUUACAUACACAGAUGCCAAUACACUAACAUGUGUACACACACACACACACACACACACACACACAUGCAUAUUCACAUAAACACAUUACUGCAUCAACAUAAACACUCUUGCAUACACACAUACACAUUAAGGAACAAAAUAAAUCUACGCUACUUAUUUAUCAUGAUAAUGAGGAUGAGUGGAUGUCAGUGUCGCUUAACAAUGUUACCUGAACAGGUGAAGUGACUGGCAGACAGACAUUUAUAUCUUAACAAGUUUAUCUGGGCAUGUGCUCUCUUCAUGCCCUGCAUAUUUUGGCUGCUAUUCAAGAGAUGAAAGGUUUAAUUCUCAACCAAACUUGGCUUUACACUUCUGUGCGUAUGUGUAUAUUUGAUUGGUAAGGUGAGUGUGUUUGUGUGGUGUGUCUGAUAUCUAGUAUGGUUGUGUGUGUGUGUGUAUGUGUGUUUGCAUGUGUGUGUAUGUAUGUGUUUGCAUGGCUUUGUGUGUGUGUGUGUGUGUGUGUGUGUGUGUGUGUGUGUGUGUGUGUGUUAAUGCACUUCAAUGUAAACAUGUUUGUAUUACGUGUUCACGCAAUCACACACAUACACACUCUUAGUCUAACCUAUCUAACCUCAUCUCCCCUCUCCCAACAUGUCCCCUGUACAAUAGUCCUCCAGUAUGUCUGUGCAGCCCAAGGAAUCCCUACCCCUCCCUAAUUCCCCUCUGUCUCC